UUUAUAUUUAUAUUUCAACAAUUGAUUAUUGAUAACGAUAUUUGUGUAAGAAGCUUCAAUUUUUUAACGAAGAAAAAGUUUGCAGUUCAUAAUACAGUAUGUCCGAAUACGAAAUGGUGAAAAAGUCAAAAUUAGUUUUCAAAAAUGAGAAGAAGAGAAAGAAGAAGAAGCGGAAACACUCAGAAAAAGAAACUGAAGAAGAAGUUGUUGAUACAGACAGACUCGAUCAUGGUGGCUGGGCUGCUGUUGAUAAUGUCAAAGAUAUGACCGGUUCAGUAGCCAUUGAGUUUGGCAAUCAAUGUUAUGUGGCAGCUCUUGAUAAUGGAUUAUUCAAUUUAGGGGCUCCUCACAAUGAGGGGGAAGGACCCUCACCAGAAGAAGUCUUGACUGGAAUUGUAGUGAAUGAGAACAAAGUAGCUUUUAAAUCUGGGUACGGAAAAUACUUGAGUGUUGAUAUUCACGGGAAUGUAACUGCAAGAGCCGAUGCUAUUGGGGUCCUACAGCAAUGGGAGCCUGUUUUCCAGGAUGGAAAACUUGCCAUUCAAGGCAACAAUGGCUGUUUUAUAUCAGUCCGACCAGACGAUGAUGGCAUCGUAGCAGUGUCAAAGACUGCUGGACCCUCAGAGAUGUUAAAAGUGCGCACGCCAAAUUUAUUGACUGAUGAAAAACCUGUAGAAGUUGCGCCUGAAAUGAAAGGAAGUCUCUCUGAUAUUGAAGUUAAUUAUGUGAAAAAGUUCCAAAAAUUCCAGGACAAAAAGCUAAAAGUAAACAGUGAGGACAAAAGUGCCUUGAAGAAAGCGCGUGUUGAAGGAACGCUACACGAGACAAUGCUUGAUAGAAGAAGUAAAAUGAAAGCUGAUCGAUACUGUAAAUAAUUUUGUGUACAAUUAUCAUUUCUUUCUCAACUCUGUAAAUAUAUUUAUCAUAUUUUUACCAGAAUUUUUUUAACUCAUUCAAAAUUGAAAAAAAUUAAGCAAAAGUAUGCCAACCUUAUGCAAACAGUUCCUUUCAGCAUAAAAUAGAAUAUUUAUAGCGUAUAAACAGCUUUGGUAGUGAAUUCUACUUCUAUGAGAGUUUUCAUAACUUUGCAGGUGUAGUUAAUGAACAACAUGAAAAGGAUUUCACUAAGAAAAAGUUUAUUUAAUAUUUACAGGAGAAAAAAAAAAAAAUUUUACAUUUUAACAAAAAACAUAAGGACAAUGAGUGAAAUAAAUACCCACCUACCAAAGUAGGACUACAGCAAGAUAUCUUUAAUGAUACCUACAAUAUUAUAGGACUUUUACUCCAUUAAAACCUGCAAUAUUGUGACAAAUGCUGUUUCAUAACCUUUCACAUAACUCAGAAACAUUGUCAGGAAAUAUUUAUAGAGAAUACUGUUGGGAUAAGUUAAGUACACCGAGGGGAAAAAAAAAUUCUGCUUAGUAAUCUUCCUGAAACAUAACUUCCGUAAGAACUGAAAUUUGUUUAAAAUGCACUUAAUUGUUAUUAAAAACAUUUCUAGAUAUUUCACACUGCGACAGCAUUGAAGACAGCACUGUCGAAAAUAUUCCUCAUGUACUCUCAUUAAGCUGAGUGCAAGGUGAUAAAUAAACUCUUGUUAUUUUAUUGAAAAGUUCUCAGACAAUACUGGGAAAAUUCUGAGGUACGGGAGUAGAAGUAUGUUAAUCUUUGGUACUUAACUUCUUUGGAACCCAUCUAGAAUUUAAAAUAUUUAAUCAGUGAAAUUGUUAUUGUACUUGUAUGUAAGUGAUUGAUUAAAUGAAUUAUUGCAGUUUCCAAGUGUCAUCAUCCAUUACAAUAAUAUUUUUACAAUUUAGCAAUAUUGAUAACAGCCAUGAUAGAUCAGUUUCGCUGAUAAUAAAAUUAUGUUUCAGUGGUCUCAGAUUGUACGGUUGUAAUUGAUAUCAAGAUCCAUCUGAAUAUUGAGUACCUAUUAAAUACUUAUUAUGUCACAAA